CUUCGAGCAAUUUGAUAUCUCGAGCAGCUUCAAUUCCUUGGUCACCCUCGCCUCACGGUCCUACGUCUCUCCCUGUUUCCGUUCCGUUCGUCCUCACCUUCCGUCCAUCAUGUCCGUUUCCGCCCAGGCCGCAGCUCGCUGCUGCAGACAGAUCGUCCGCCCUACCGCUUCUCUGCGCCUUGCUCCCACGACAUACCUGUCCCAGCGCACACUCAGCCGGAGAUGGCAAUCCACUGAGGCGGAGGCUGCUGCUGCUCCUGCCAACCCCAAGAUCACCCAGAUUGUCGACCAGAUCAGCCAAUUGACCCUGUUGGAGACCGCCGACCUCGUCUCCACCCUGAAGACCCGCCUGAACAUCCCCGACCUCCCCGUUGGCGGUUUCGCCAUGGGCGCUGCUCCCGCCGCUCCCGCCGCUGCUGAGGAAGAGGAGGCUGCUCCCGCCCAGCAGGAGAAGACCCUGUUCAACCUGAAGCUCGAAUCCGUCGACGCCUCCUCCAAGGCUAAGGUCAUCAAGGAGAUCAAGACCCUCCUCGGCCUGUCCCUGGUCGACAGCAAGAAGUUCGUCGAGUCCGUUCCCAAGGUCCUGAAGGAGUCUGUGCCCAAGGAGGAGGCCGAGAAGAUCGUGGAGACCCUCAAGGCCGUUGGCGCCAAGGCCACUAUGGACUAAAUUGGGACCUAUAUAUUACUCUCUGCUUUCGGGGACUUUUUUUAAUGCCACCGGGUCACCCUAAGCUUUCGUCUUUCCACAACCCCUCCUCCGUUCCGAGCGGAUGAGCGGAGAGGGGGAAAAGGGAAGAGGGAGAGGCUAC